UGGGAGUUGUCAGUCCCAGCCUGUCAAGCAGCGUCUUUUAAAGGUAGCAGUUGAUGUGCUGGAUUGUCUUUGUUCUCUGCUUAAAUGGCUUAAAACAAACCUGGCUACCUUUCAUCCGGUUGACGUUGCUUUGAAACUCAGCUGAAUUUGACACUGACAAGGACCAGCUACAGAUAUGCGUUUGUGUGGAUUUGUUUUGAUCGUACUGAGUCAUUUAUCGAGCGCCCUUCCUCUGCAAGUAGAUGCCAUUAUAGUACAGGUCCAGCAGUGGGGGGUGGUAGGAGCUCAGCAUGUGGCAGAACAAGUUCUGCUCAAUGGAAUUUCCCUCUCAGGCCAAAGCUGGGAGGUGAACAGCAUUAUUAAAAGCAUGUCCACCAGUGCCCUCCUACCUGCUGGAAUCAGCAAUAACCAGACUUCAGCUCUGAAAAAUCAUACCAUUCUUCGCUCUCGGGAAUGCAUCAUAGAGGGGUCUCGGCUCCACUGGGCCGACCGGAUGUUUUGUGACGGCAAGGUUUUUCUGACUCUGGAGCACAACAACACAUGGACAGCCCAUGUACCAGAAGCAGCAGCCCUCAAAAAGCAAUGGGACCAGGAAACGGAGCACUCAAAGAGGGAGAGAAGUUGCCUGCAGGAAGGAUGCAUUCUGCUGACAAAGGAGCUGAAGCUCUCAGAGGAACAGUCAGUUCAAGAAAUUCAUCUGCCCAGAUUUCUGAUUCCUAUCUUGGCUGUGACGGCAUUUUUAGUGCUAAUUAUAGUGACCAUACUUCUCUCUAGAAACCUUGGUCUAAGGCAGCCUGGAGGCGUGAUUGGCUCCAUUAUCCAUUACCCCAAGGAUAUAACUUACAACGCUCCUGAGAAGAAAGGCUGUUACAGCACACUGUGACUCAAAGGCUCAUGAAUAAAUAGUUAUGCCAUUUUGCUUGUAAAUGAUAUUGUUGUUAGUGCCAUAUGUUAUUUUUUUGUAGUUGCUUUUUUUUUGUUUUUUGUUCCAGUGUAAAUUUUUUUUUAAAUCUAACACUUAAAAAAAAAUUAAGUCUACAAGCCUGUACAAAGCAAUAAACUGAUCGUUUGUAAAAUUUUUGUCAACAGCAAUAAACUAUUUGAAAUGUCCCUGACAAUGCAAUAAAAAUAAAUUGAUAACAACUCUAUCCCUAUUCAAUAAAAAAUGUUUCAUUA